AGCGCGCGCUCGAGUCGGACCCCAACUCCCCCUUUAGGUUACCGUCCGUCACAAUAAAAAAGAAAAAAGGGAAAAAAACACAGAAAACAGCAUCCAUCCAUCCAUAGCUCGAAUCUCUUCUCAUCACUCUCACGGAUUAAAGAAACCCUUGAUUAUAUUUUUGGGCUUUUAGAUUGAUUUUAAAGUUUUUCAAACAAAAUGAAUAUCCAGCAGCAGCAACAACCGAAUCAAUCAAAACCGCCCUCCUGGGAAGCCAUCUCCAAGCACUUCUCUCUUCCUCUCUCCGAUGCCGCUAACAAUCUCGGCGUCUGUGUCAGUGUGCUUAAGAAAAUCUGCCGUGAGAAUGGUCUUGAUAGAUGGCCAUAUCGCAAGUACUUAGCUGGAAAGAGUAUAGAGGACAUUAGAAGGUAUGCUGCUAGAGAAAAAAUCAAAGCCAUUGCCGACCUCGCCAAGGCUGCUAACAAAAGUGGUAUCCAGCAGCAAAACAAUGAGAAUUCCAAACCUCACAAAUUGCAGCAACAAGGAACUAAGGAUGUUCUACUUGGGCGGCAACAUAUCACGCUCACUCCAGGGUUGGCAAAAGGAUUGAUGGGUUUGGAUGAGUUUAAAUAUGGAUUUCCAUCAGAUGGUUUAUCAACAGCUACGAAUAAAUGGUGGGGUAGCAGCCUGUCUGAUACUCAAAGGGCCACUGAUAGAGCUGGAAUUGAGACUGAUGAAGAUGACGGCCAUCAAUCUGAAGAAAAGGUAGAUGCUGGUACCAGUGUGGCGAUUGUAGACGAAGAGAAAGGUGAGAAUGGAAAGAUGGAGAGUAAUGAAAUUGAUCCACAAGGGACUGGUUUAUUAACGUCUGUUAGGAAAAGAGCUGUUGAAGAAGGGCGAGAAGCACUUAAACUUGGUGUCUACCGCACUUAUGGUGUAAACAAGUUAGGCAGGAAACAAAGAGCUUUGCUUCUUCGAAUAUUUGGAUCUUCAUUGCCAAAACAAUGGAUGCAGGACUUCAGUUCAAAUAGAGUUGGAUUAUAGACAUGAAUAACAGUUUUCUACUAAGAAUGUAUAGUGUCAGAUGUAAAACUGCCUUAAUGAGUCAUGAAUGUCACUAGCGAGGUUUUCCAUCCACGUGUUUCAAGUUGAAUGAUGAUCAUGGUUUUAUGUAACAGUCCGUAGAUCUAGCAGUAAUAAUCUUCUCGAGUAUAUGUAUAUGCUUGUCGCCUCUGCAAACAUUAUAUGUGACACUUAUUUUGUUUUUAUGAUAUGCUGACGUUUUAUUGCUUGAUUGAA